AUGUCAGGCGUCUCCGCGCCGAACGCAGCUUGUGAAGUCUCGCGUUCUGCUUUCCUGCCAACUUCCGCAUCGCCUUCUUCCUCUCCUCUCCCUUCGCCUCCUCCGUCGUCGUCUCCUCCGUCGUCUCCUUCUUCUCGUUCCUCUUCCCCUGCGUCUCCGCUCUGCUCUUCCAAGGCCAGGGGUGGGGUGAAAACGCUCCUGGAAGGCGUGGGGAAAGGGGGCGACGGAGCGAAGCCUAAGAAAAUGAUUGUUUUGCGCAGAGGCGACUUCUCGGCGCCUGGAUCGCGUCCGUCUCUCUGCGCGACAAAAGAACGAGAGAACGAGGAGGAUGCGCCAGGAACCCCGAGCAACGGCCACGUAGAUGGAGCCUCACGGCACGAGGGACCGGUCGGAGAGGUGAAGCAGGCAGGAGACCAGACAGAAGAUGAAGCUGCCGGAGGAAGGCGAACACCGUCGUUGGGAGGUGUGGGAAAGAGUCUAGAAGAGAGAGAAAGAGAGUAUAACGAGUUACGGGCGCGCAUUUUUUCGGCCUCGCAGAGGCGAUCCCCGGCCUCUUCACCCAGUGCCUGCUCGCCUUCGUUCCGCCCGCCACGCAAGAACCUCACUCGCUCUUACCAGGACCGCUUCGAUCCGGAGUUCAUGCGCAGCGUCAUCCCGCCUCCUGGGCCUUCCCACCCCCCUCUCGCCUGCGGGGCCUCUGUCCCCUCUGUCUCGGGCCUCCCACGCGGCGCAGCCCCUCCGCCGAGCCCGUUCCGCGGUUCAGCCGGUCAGCGGCCGUCUUCCGCCUUCUCUCGAGGCGCCGGAGGGCAUCCCCGUUUCGAGGACCACCACAGUCAGGCGGAGCGCCCGUCUCCUUUCGUGCCUGCGUGCGAGUCCGGCCGCAGCGCGUACGGGGCGUUGCCGCGAGAAGCACGCCACAGGUUUUACGGGGACAAAGGCGCGCACCACUCCGGCGCAUUUGAAGCGAGGACACAAAGGUCUGGCUUCCGGCGAGACCCGCGCCUAAACAGAGAGGGCCUUCGAGACGCCGGCGGGAUGGCGCUGAGUGCUCCUGGAGGCGCAGAAGUCCAUCCGACAGCGACACGCGCAGCGGGAGGGCUCGGCAGGCAAGGGGAGAUGAAUGGCCUUGCAAGUUCCCAUGAGGUUUAUUCGACGGGAGGGGCGAUACCUGGCGGAGAUCCGACCUACGGCCUGUUUCACCAGGACGACGGGCAAGGGAGAGGAGGCGGAAUCUACCCUUACCGUGCAGUUCCUCCUUUUGCGUAUCCGGGGUUCCCAGCGCAGCCGGGCUGUCUCCCGAAUCCAGGCGAUGUCGGUUCACCUUACAGUCGCGCUGGCGGCUGCAUUCCGGCUCCACCAGCUACCUCGUUUUCGGGUGUACAGCCCCCCCUAGCUAAUGUCCAGGCCGUGGCGAGCGCCUGCGCAGGUCUACCAACCCUUCCAGGCGCGGGGUUUGGGAACCCGUGCUUUCCGGAAAACUGUCUGCCCGAGAGUCUGGUCGGUUUUGUGUCUCCUGCGAACGAAGGCUGGCCGGGUUUCCCGGUGGACGGUCACCUGGUCCAAGGAGUUGGAUCGACGGGUGUCAGUUGCGUCUCCGGCUGUCUGUACACCUCGGGAGACGGGGCGGUCUCGCCUUCAUUCGUGAAUGUCUACGGUCACUCCGGUGGAUCGCAGCGUCUCGCGCAUCAAAGUCCAAACGUGGUUCCGCCUCCGCCUCCGCCACCCGUAGAUGGGGUAGGAUUCUUCCCGUAUAGUAACCGCCCGUCUCGGCAGAAUGAAGUGUUUCAGGCGCGCGUCCCUGGUUUCUCAUCCGCCGGCGGUGUUUCUCCCGGUGGACACAAAGCUCGGACAGCAGCAAAACGGGAAGUGGCUACAGCAGAAACCGAAGUGGGCCUGGACGCCGUGGCGCACAAGGGUCUCCCGGCGGCGCCGUGGAAAAGCUAA